AUGUAUUUUAUUAAAGAAUUAUCAGAAGCUAUUAAAAUAUUAGCAAAUGAUGAAUUUGAAGAGUUAUUUAAUAAUUUGAAAAGUGGAAUUAAUAAAGCUUAUGAAUAUUUUGAAAAUGUAAUUUGUGGAUUAGGUGGAGAUUCUGCACAUUUAUUUGCAAACAGUUGGCGUGAGUGCUGGAAAAAGCAACAGGUUGAAGAACUUUAUAAUAAAUUAGAUUUAAAAACUCAUGCAAAUAUGUCAUUAUCUCUUAAACAAUCAAAGCUUCGAUUAGCUUCAAGCAAGGUUGGAAAAGAGAAUUUAACUGCGGGUCUUGAAGAAUUUCGUGCUCAAAGACAGUUCCGCUUCAAGACAAGCAAUCACCACUAG